AUGCUUGGCCAUGAUGCUCGUACAGGAGGCUUUCUGGGGGGCAUUCACGUAUUUUUGCGGAGAAAGAGAAAAGAGAUGAAGCGGCUAAUCGUGCCACCUUUCUCGAAGCGAGGUGCUGAAGGCCAUCACUGCCUAUACACCCAGACUCGGCUUUUUUCAAUGAACUUGUGGCUAUGGCCAGAUGCUUUAAAAAUUUCCACCUUCCCACUUCAGGGCGCAAGCAUCCUACUUAGUGGACAGCGGGAAGAUAAAGAUGGCGUAAAGAGGGAGAGACAAGAAGCACCUAUUCUCAACCCCAUGACUGGCCAGCAGCUCCUUUCCACCCAAAACUAA